UCCUACAGCGCAGGCAAUUGGGCGGACGCGACCCUCGGCGCUGGUGGAGCUGACGCCGGAGCAGAGCGAACCGCCUCCCAGUGAUUCACUCCCAGCUGCUCAUGUUUUGUCCCGGGCAGCAAGUAGAUGGCGUCUGACUACGGCGCGGCCGCCCGUCUCCUCGCUAGAUAGCUGAGUCACACAGCCGGGCGCUGUAGUAAACGGCGAGCGCUUUUCCCCCCUAAUCGCCCGUGAAUCCGUGCGCAAAAUCGGUACCGAUCGAGAGCCAGGACUUGGCGGGGAAGAUGCUGACGAUCACGCUGAAGACGCUGCAGCAGCAGACCUUUAAGAUAGAGAUAGACGAGGAGCAGACGGUCAGAGUUCUGAAGGAGAGAAUCGAGACGGAGAAGGGGAAGGAGGCGUACCCUAUGGUCGGACAGAAGCUCAUCUAUGCAGGUAAAAUCUUAAACGACGACAUACCCUUAAAAGAAUACAAAAUAGAUGAGAAGAGUUUUGUUGUUGUCAUGGUAACCAAGCCCAAACCUACCUCACCGGCUCCGCCCCCGACCCAGCCUGCCCCCGCCUCGGCCGCUGCCAGUGCACCCUUGCCCCCGGCCCCCGUCUCCGCCCCCGCUCCGGCACCCCCUCCGGCUCCUGCCCCUUCCGCAGCACCGCUGCCCGUCCCAGCUCCUGCACCCCCAGAGGAACACUGCGCUCCUAAAACUGGGCCGGCCGUCUCCGCCGAGUCCUCAGAAGCCGCAGAGAAAAAGGCGGACGCUGAGGCAGUGGCCGAGCCGCCCGGUGCCGUAGCCGAGGCGGAGGCCGAGCCCCAGGCCGAGGCGGAGGCCGAGCCCCAGCGCGAGCCCCAGCGCGAGCCCCAGGACGAGCCCCAGGAGCAGUCCCAGGAGCAGCCGCAGGCCGCCACGCCUAGCCUCGGCCCCUCCAGCAUUGCGGAUGACCUGAGUCUUUUAGAAGAGGCGGCGUCAAUACUGGUUACAGGGCAGGCGUACGAGAACCUGGUAACAGAGAUUAUGUCGAUGGGCUAUGAAAGGGAGCAGGUCAUCGCAGCACUUCGGGCGAGUUACAACAACCCGGACAGAGCGGUGGAAUAUCUGCUUACGGGAAUUCCCUCCGAACCGGACCUGCCCCCCCGGGAGAUGAGCCACCCGCUUCCAAUGGCAAACCCCAGCACCCCCGCCACAGAGAGGCCUCCGGCUCCCCCUGCAGGCGGCACGGGGGCUGUGUCUUCGCCCGCGUCGCAGUCCGCUGGGAAUCCCCUGGAGUUCCUGAGGAACCAGCCGCAGUUCCAGCAGAUGCGUCAGAUCAUACAGCAGAACCCGGCCCUCCUACCAGCUCUGCUUCAGCAGCUGGGGAGGGACAACCCCCAGCUGCUUCAGCAAAUCACCCAGCAUCAGGAACGAUUUGUGCAGAUGCUGAAUGAGCCGCACGGAGGUGACCUAGGCGGGGAGGGGGCGGAGGGGCAGGGGGUGCCACAGACGAACUACAUCCAGGUCACUCCACAAGAGAAAGAAGCCAUCGAACGGUUAAAAGCCUUGGGGUUUCCGGAAGGACUAGUCAUCCAAGCCUAUUUCGCCUGCGAAAAGAACGAGAAUCUCGCCGCAAAUUUCCUCCUCCAGCAGAAUUUCGAUGACGAGUGACUGUCUGCUUGCUUGAGAGGACGGGUGGAGUCGAGCAGUGGAGAGAGUGCUGUGUGCAAGAACAGGAGAGGGUUUCCAGCCAUUGUCAGCCACUCAAGAAUGUUCCUGAUUGGGCCAAGCCAUGAUAGCCACGCCCCUUCCUUCUUCUGAAAUCAUUGUCGUUUACACACUCUCACUGCUGCUGUUCCAGUUGGAUGUGCUGUGUGUGUGUGUGUGGGUUUUUUAUUUUUAUUUUUUGCAUUUACACUGGUUUUUUUUUUUUUUUGCUUACCAUGUUGCUGGACCUGCUUACCAUGUACCUUCGAACCUUUCCCAUCAGGCCCGAUCGUUUUCUUUGUACGCGUGUCACAUUCGGACAUGGCCUGCUGUCCGGGUAGAUGCUGUGCCAACAUUGGAGAGCUAACGGAAAUUAAUUGGCAGAUAAAAGAUGAGAUGCAGUUAUGUUGAUUUGGAAUUUUGAUGUCAUCCCGUGCAUUUCUGUCUGAGGAUCUGUAGCUCUUGGUCACAUUCAGGCCAACUUGCAAUGUUUAACGCCUCACAUAAACAUAUUGUAAAUGGGGUCAAUUCCCCAGUGGCUUUAUAGGCUUAUUUAUUUUACUUUUUGUUGUUACUCCAGGAUAAACGUGACCUGAAAAACAAAAAUAAUAAUAAUGUAUUUCUGUUUCUACAUACAUAUUUUGCAUCUCUCUCGCUUAUGCACUUUUUUGCUUUCACUUGCAGUACUAACGUUUCUCUAAACUCGCCAGUUCUCUCCAGAAAAAAAGGCAACAGAUGAUCCUUAGUUUUGCGAAUAAAUGUACUUUGAAAGCUAAAGGCAGCUAGGAAAGCAAGACCGAAAAAUGACAUUUUGUUAGAUUACGACAAGCACAGCAUUGUUUUAGAGGAAGGAAGAGCAGACAUGCACUGAGAGUUGAUUGAUUGAUGGCGCCACAAUUAAAACAUUUUCUCCAAAACUUCAGCGAUAAACUACAGUCAGCGUUAGUGUGCUGCCCAAUGAGGACUUUGUUUUAUUAUUAUUAUUAUUAUUAUUAUUGUUGUUCUUAAAUUAUUUUUGAAUUCAGUGGCGUUGUUCGGUUAACACUGAAACAGAGUGAUUUUACUCAAAUAUAAGAGUUUGCAGUUUAAAUUAAAUCCUAUAAAUGAAGUGUUACUAGGGGUAUCGGGACGUUAAAGAAUAUUGUGGUUAAACUGAUACGGGUUAAAUGGGAAAUACUGGUGUGCAUGAAGACCAAGACAUGUUUGAAAGGAUUGUUUUUGUAUGUGCAUAUAAAUAUUUGAUGGGAAGACCAGUUACCGCUGAAAUGCACACAAACGGCAGUGUUCAUGAUCCUCUCGAUCUAUUUUGUGAGUUGUCUACACCAUGCAAUAUCUUACAAUGAAAGACAUUCGGACAAGAAAACCAUGCAGGUUUUUUGGUUGUCUGUGUGUGUUUUUUUUUUUCCUAAAGUGAUAUAUUUACUAUGGAAAUCACCACAGUAAUAUUUAGCUUGAACACCAUGUAAUGUACCUAAAGUAACUCAAGAUUACAGAGCUACAUGUUCCAGCGAGAGUAGCAUACAAAUAUAACUCAAUUAGAACAUAAUGACAUUUAUUGUUUUCCGGUGCUUUCCACUAAUCCCCUCCACCCAAAAAUUAAUUAUCCAAGAUGAUCUUUUUUCUUUGGAAUCCUCCAAGGGAUUUACAUGAAUUCUUAUCCAUUUUAUCAAAUAAUAUUUUCUUGAAGGUAACCAAUAUCUCUUCCCCAAAUCAUCUACUUUUAGCCCGAUCUGCAAACUGUAUUAUAGAAUCUAUUUAGUCUAUAGUAGCAGCACAAAAUCAACACAAAUCUUGGCAGAGUGUCUAAAAUAGAAAGCACUUGGGUAUGUUUGUUAAAAGUAUUCAUAUUUCCCCUCAAAGUUUUGAACACAUCUGACUGUUACCCUGCAGUGCUGUUGUAAAAUACUGUAAUUAGAACUUUGGUUUUUACAGAAGUGUGAUUUAAAGAAUAAUACAUUCAUGAUAAAGUGAAGGAAUGUCGCACUGCGGUGAAUAAGGCUCCUGUGAGCUGAAGCAUGCUUGUUCAUUUCGAAAACGAGCAGUGACGUCACUAACUUUAGCAUCAUUGUGAAAUUUUUGAUUAUUCUUUUGCCUUUAGCGUAAAACAAGUCAAUGAGGCGGAAACGUGUUUCAGCCAUAAGCUCUUCACCUAUCGAAGGCUCCGCUUUCUCAUUAGUUCUGGGGUUCAUUGUUUAGCAAUAUAUAAAAUAAAUAGCUUUUACAAAGCUG